GAGAUGGGAAGCUCUAUGGGCUGUGUGAGGCCUCCUAGGGAGGGAGGACACGGCUUCCCCCCACUGUCCCCCAACCCCAAACGGCGCCUCCGCUUCCGGCGGAAGCGCAAAGGAAAGAAGCGGCAGAAAGGAGGGUCGUCGGUCGGCUCGGAGGUGGAAAGUGUAAGGAUAAGCAACAUACCGGAGGAAGAGGAUGAAGAGGAAGAGGACAAAGGCACUGUCACAGAGGCAACCACGGCCUCGUUCAACACUAUGAGUGACGUCGGAGCCAAAAUCACCAAUUUAACUGUGCCUCAUGUCCAAACUCAAUCCAGACAGCCCCUUCCCAGUGCUCUCUGUACGGACUCCACGAGUGACAGCAUGGGGGGGUUGGGGGGUAGCAGAGUGCUGGAACUGUCCCCUGAGCCAAGCCCAGUGUGGAGAAGGCUGUCCUACCCCGGAGCUGGGAGUGAGGAAGUGGGGACGAGCAGUACCAUAGAGGCCCCAAGCAGCCAAGGGCAACCCAGUGAGGACCCCACCCCCACCCCAGAUAACCCUGACCCAUCUUUUCCGUCCCAGGUGCACACCACCCCUGGUGGGGGUCGAGUCUGCAAAGUCAGGGAGCGAGAACAAGGGGUCCUGGAGAGGCCUUGUAUACGAAGACCCAAGAAGGAGAGGGAACGGGGGAAAAAAGGAGAAAAGGAGAAAGAGCAGGUGGAGGAUGAAGGUGGGGGUGGGCCAGCAGGGAUGCUGGGGGUUGCUUUUAACAACCCUUUGUCAAAGGAGCACAAAGGGGUGGUCCACAUUCGCGAUGUGGAGGGCCGGCUGUGUGUUGUGAGGACAGUCUACCCCAGUGACUUUGGGUCCCCGGUUUGGAGAGGGGACAGUUACCAUGACAAAGAGGUAGAAGUAGAGGUAUGUGCUGAACCUCCAGCUGCAUCCCCUGUGACUGGGAACAUCCUCAAAGUACAUCUUUCUGAGGAAGACAGCAGGAGAGCCAAAAUGGAUGCCAGGACCACUUUCCUUAUGGGGACCCAGGAAACCACAAAAGUCAAGGAACUCAGUCUGGAUAAACCAGCACAGGUCCAAGAGGGACUAUUAAUACAGAACCCUCUUUCCUCUGCCUAUGCCAGAGAUCUGCCCCGCACCUCCCCAGAGACGGGGGGAGCCACCCAGCUAAGCAGGGUUGGCUUGACCCAAAGGAGACCCAAAAUGGACACCUCAGGUCUCGAUAUGACAACCAACCUUAUGGAGACCCAGGAAGCUACAAAAGUCGAGGGACCCUCGGUACAGGACCCUCUGUCCUCUGGCUAUGCCAGCGACCUGCCACUAACCUCCCCAGAGGCAGGGGGCACCACCCAGAUAGACUGGGAAAGCUCCAGAGAGGGACUGGACUCUGCAACUGACAGUCCUCUAUCUCCACCCCAGGUCACCACAAAGCAGUUCCCUCAGAUCUCCGAGAUCUAUGUGAGCGGGGAGUCUGGGGACCUGACGGCUAAGGAGAAGCUGUUGUUAUGGAGCCAGAAGGCCUCCGAGGGCUGGCCUGGCCUCCGCUGUACCAACUUCUCCUCCUCCUGGAGCGACGGGCGCAUGUUCAACGCCCUGCUCCACAGAUUCAGGCCAGAUCUGAUUGACAUGGAGGUGGUGGCACAGCAGAGUAACCUUGACAACCUGGAGCAGGCCUUUGAGAUCGCCGAGUCGCUAGGGGUGACCAGACUACUGGACGCUGAAGAUGUGGACGUUCCGUCUCCAGAUGAGAAGUCGGUCAUCACAUACGUCUCCUCCAUCUACGAUGCCUUCCCCAAGAUCCCAGAGGGAGGAGAGGGCAUCGCAGCACACGAGGUGGACCACCGCUGGGCAGAGUACCAGUCUCGUUUCUCCAUGCUGCGCCAGUGGAGCCGGCAACACACGGCCCUCAUGGCCAACAAGAACUUCCCACUGGACCCUGUGGAGCUCAAGGCACUUUACAAUGAGUACGUCCAUUUCAAAGAGACGGAGAUCCCUGCCAAGGAGCUGGAGAAGAGUGGCGUUGAACACCUCUACAAACUGCUGGAGGUAUGGAUGGAGUUUGGGCGCAUCAAGCUGCCCCUGGGCCUGCACCCCAACGACCUGGAGGAGGAGUGGGGCAAGCUGAUCCUGGAGAUGCUGGAGAGAGAGAAGGCCCUGCGGCCCGCUGUGGAGAGACUGGAGUUAUUGCUGCAGAUGGCCAAUAAGAUCCAGAACAUGGCCCUGGACUGUGAGGAGAAACUCACCCUGGCCAAGAACACACUGCAGGCCGACAUGUCCCGGGUGGAGAGUGGCGAGGCGGUGCGUUGUGAGAGGGAGCUGGGCUUGUACCUGCAGGACUGUGAGGUUCUGAUCAGACGGCUCAACGUGGACCUCCAUGUCCUCCGAGACCAGAAGUACUACCAGGUGGAGCAGCUCGCCUUCAGAGUGUCCUGUCUCCACGAGGAGCUGGUCUCUCUCCGGCUCCAGUGCUCCAGCGUCUACAGGAAGGGUCACUUCUCCCCGGUGACGGGGGGAGACCGGACGGCCCCGCGGGGGAGCGACAGUGGUCUCUCCCUGUCCACUGGGGCCCAGACCCUACUGGGGGCAGUGGGGGUGAUGGGGGCAGCCCUGCUCAGGAGACCCAUGUCCCGCUCUCAGCUGGUGGCCAUGUCAUCCUCGGAGGACGAGGGGAGUCUCCGGUUCGUCUAUGAGCUCCUGGGAUGGGUGGAGGAGACACAGGACAUGCUGGAGCGUGCAGAGUCGGGGGCGGACCUGCCCUCUGUAGAGCAGAACCUCCAGGACCACCAGAACAUCCACACUGCCGUGGAGGAGCUACUGCACAGCCUGAAGGAGGCCCGCAACUACGAGACGAAAGUCUCUCGUAACUUCAGAAGCAAUUAUUCUGACACUCUGGCCAAGCUGGAGCAGCAGUACUGCAAACUACUGGAAAACUCAUCGUGGCGUAUGCGCUGCCUGGAGAGCCUGCAUGCGUUUGUGUGUCGCUGUACAGAGGAGCUGAUCUGGCUCAAUGAGCGAGAAGAGGAGGAACUGGCCUACGACUGGAGCCACAACAACACCAACGUCAACGCCAAGAGAGAUCUAUACGCCGAAAUGAGGUCAGAGCUGGAGGAGAAACAGGAAGUGAUGCACUCGCUGCAGGAAACGGCCGACCGGCUCUGUCAGGAGAACCACCCGGCCAAACAGACAGUGGAGGCGUACAGUGCAGCGCUGCAGACCCAGUGGCAGUGGGUACGCCAGCUGUGUGUGUGUGUGGAGCAGCAUCUCAAAGACAAUACUGCCUACUUCCAGUUUGUGAGUGACGCACGGGACUGCGAGACAUACCUGCGUCAGCUCCAGGACACCAUAAAGAGACAGUACACCUGUGACAAGAGCAGCAGGCUGGGCAAGCUGGAGGACCUGCUGCAAGACUCUAUGGAGGAGAAGGAGCAGCUGAUUGAGUACCGCAGCUCUGUGGCCAGCCUGGUGGGCCGGGCCAAGACGGUGGUGCAGCUCCUCCCCCGCAGCGCCGAGAGCACCUUGGGAAGCACCACGCCCAUCCGCGCCAUCUGUGACUACCGGCAGAUAGAGGCUAACGUUCAGAUCACCAUCAGCCGAGGUGAGGAGUGUGUGUUGGAGGACAAUUCUCAGAGGACUAAAUGGAAGGUGAUCAGCCCCAGUGGGAAUGAGGCCAUGGUGCCGUCAGUCUGCUUCACCGUACCACCGCCCAACCAGGAGGCCAUGGACACCGCCAGCAGGAUGGAGCAGCUGUACCAGAACGUGAUGUCUCUAUGGCACAAUCUACACGUCAGCAUGAAGAGUGUGGUCUCCUGGCACUACCUGCAGAAAGACAUCAGGACCGUCUCCUCUUGGAGCCUGGACACGGUACGUUCCCAGACCCCUGUGGCCAGGGACCAGGCUCUGAACCAUUUGGAGGCCCACCUGGCUGACUUCCUCUCUGACAGCAAAGAGAGCGUCCUCUUCAACCCCGCUGAGAGACGCGAGCUGGAGAGAGACGCCCACACCGCCCAGGAACACUGCCAGGACCUGCUGGUCAACAUGGAGACAGUGGAGAAGAAUGAGUCUGUCUCUCGGUCCUACCUGUCAGAGCUCCAGAGCAUUAAACUGUGUCUGGAGGAGGCGGAGCAAAAGCUGAUGCGCGGCAUUCAGACUCUGCCCCCUAGCAACCUAUCGGGCAACAGCGUCGACAACACUGUUCAAAUUGCAGAGCAAGAGAAGCUGCAGUCGGACCUGGAUGGUCUGAGGACCAGUCUUGGCGAGGUGUCGCGUCGCUGUGUGAGUUUCUUUGAGGAGAAGCCCACCUCCUCCACUGUUCCCGUGCUGCGCUCUGAACUCAACCUGGCUGUGGAGAAGAUCGACAGACUACACAACCUCUCCUCUGUCUACCUGCGCAAGCUGAAGACAGUGGAUGUGCUGAUCCACAGCUUGCAGGCCGCAGAGAGCCAGGUGAAGAGGUACGAGAGCAGGCUGAGUGAGGAGGACAUCGUUCCUGCAGACGCCAACGCCAUCCAGGCCCUACGGGAACAACUGGGGACGUGGCAGUCGGAGCUUGAGGACCAGGAGGGGGUGUUGAGCUCCCUGCAGUCGGAGGUGCAGAAGGCCCGGGAGGCGGGGACUCAGCUGAACAGGCUCCACCCAGACCGCAGCCCGGAGCUGGAGCGCUACCAGGAGAAAGCCGCCCAGCUCACCGAAAGGUGGGCCGGAGUCAAGAGACAGAUGGACACACGGCGAGCCGAACUAAAGGCCCUGGGCUCAGUCCUGCAGCACUACAGAGACGGCCACUCUGCUCUGAUCCACUGGAUAGAGGAGACCACUGAGAGACAGGAGAACACCCAGCCUGGACAGACUGACAGCAGAGUCCUGUCUGAACAACUGGCAGAACAAACGGCAUUAGUAGCCGAGAUCGAAAAGAACCAGACCAAACUAGACGAGUGCCAAACCCACUCCAAACAGUACUGCACCUCUGUCAAGGACUACGAGCUACAACUGAUGACAUUCAAAGCCUUUGUGGAGUCGACCCAGAAAUCCACUGUUAAGAGGAGGAGGAUGCACUCUUCAUCAGACGCCAUCACGCAGGAGUUCAUGGACUUGCGCACACGCUACACAGCCCUGGUUACCUUGACGACGCAACACGUCAAGUACAUCAGCGAUGCACUGAGGAGACUCGAGGAGGAAGAGAAAGAGGUGGAGGAGGAGAGGCAGCAGAGGGUGGGCCAGGUGUCAGAGCUGCUGGGCUGGGUCAAGGGCCUCCAGGGCCCCUCCGCCGAGUCAUCCAUUGCGGCGCAGCAGGCUGUCGGUGAGCAGUUAGCGGCUAAGAAGGAGGACGUGGCUCAGGCUAUCAGGAACACCCAAGUCUUCCUGAUGUCUAAACAGGCCAGCAAGUUGUCCCCAGAGGAACGUGUCCAGGUGACCUCCCAGCUGGAUGAGCUGACGGCCACCUACAGCCAGCUGUGUGACCGUUCCACUGCCCGACUGCAACAGCUGGAGCAGGAGCAGGCCAAAGAGGAGCAGAGAAAGAGCCAAGCUGCCAUUGGCGGAGUUAUUGACCUGGGCACCAUGGAAACUGUCCCAGUCUUCCAAGCUGCUCAGCGUGGCCUCAUUGAUCAGGACACCUGCCAUGUCUUAUUGGAGGCCCAGCUCACCAUGGGUGGGUUAUUUCAGCCUGUCUCCCCUGUGAGCCUAUCACUGGAAGAGGGCUUCAACUGUGGCCUGAUUGAUAGUCUCAUCAGCCAAUCCCUAGCAGAGCUGGAGAGUGCCUUGCAUCUUGUCGACCAGACAGAACAACUGGAGGGCCAGCUCCUUCCAGUGGCUGCAGCCAUGGAGGAGGGCCUUAUCAGAGAGGAGUUGGGGCUGCGUAUCCUGGAGCUGCAGAUGAACACAGGAGGCCUAAGGGAGUUGGGAGGAAGAAGACUGACCCUGGAUAGUGCUGGAGAGAUGGGCCUGCUGACCCCAAGGGUCUACACCAAGCUCAGGUCACGGGUCAAUCGGCGGGAGCUCGUUGACCCUAACACAGCAGAAAAGCUGAAUCUGUCUGAACUGCAGCAGCGCUGUGUCCUCAGCGAUGACACCAGCUUGUAUCUGCUGCCAGUCAAACAGCAGCCAGGAGGCACCGUCUGCCUCGCUUCCGGCAGGAAGGUUGGGAUCUUCCGUGCUGUCCAAGAGAAUCUGAUUGACAGGCAAGUUACGGUGAGAUUGCUGGAGGCCCAGCUAUUUGCUGGUGGGAUUGCUGACCCCCGUACGGGACGCCGCCUGACUGUGGAUGAGGCUGUGCGUCACAAUCUGAUGGACCAGGACCUGGCCUGUGCCAUGCUGACCCGCCAGCUGCAGAGUGGUGGGAUACUAGACCCUGUAAGUGGGGAGCGCCUAGGGUUGGAGGAAGCCAUCCAGAGGGACCUGCUCUCACCUCAUCUGGCCCUGCUGGUGCUCGAGUCCCUCUGGGCUUUUAUGGGGAUGCUCUGGCCUGAGUCAGGGGAGCUGCUUCCCGUUGCAGAGGCUCUACAACAAGGGGUCAUCUCGGGAGAGCUGGCUCUGAACAUCCUGAGACAGCGCCACACGAUAGGUGCCCUGUACCUUCCUGAAAUCCCCAAGGUUGUGUCCCUGAAUCAGGCUAAGGAGGUCAUUGAACCCAAAGUGGCUGAGAUUCUGAAAGAGAUUCAGAUCCCAGAUGUGCUACACAACAUGAACCAGUCAGGCUCGCCAAAUCUAAAUCGCCUAAGCUGGGGCUCCACUGGGUCAUCCCCUCCCUCCUCACCACCUGCCUCUUCCCCAGAGCACACAUGUUUCCCCUCAUUUCUGGAGGAGAUGGCCCCUGAGGAACAGGCACAUCACCGCGUGCUUUUCCAUUUAAUGACCCAUAGUUAUAUAGAUGCACAUUCUGGCCAGCGCUUAGUGUUGUUCGAGCCUGAGCUGGUGGAACUUGUCAAGGCUGCUACUGGUCUGAUCAAUGUGGAUCCUAUACCUGGAGUGGUGGUGUCAGGGUUGAGUUUGAGUGUCCAGCCCUUAGCUGGACUACCAGAAAAGCAAUUAAUUAUAGGCUCGUAUGAAGAGGGGCUGGUAGAGAUUGAAUCAGAGGGAGCAAGAGAGAGUCACAAAAAGACAAAGGAUAAGGACUCACUCAUGGAAGACAUUGACGGCACACUUGUAGAAGCCUCAGAAAUGUACUCAGCACCAUUUAAGACCAAGGCAGAGACUCUGAUGCUAACCCAAUCUCAUGCCAACCCUAUUCCACCAUCAGAGACCAAUGAAAAUGAGAGCAUGCCUGUGAGUGUUGGAGUUAAACAUACUAUGGAGGAUUCUCAGAGGGUCACAGUGAAGACCCCACCCCAGGUUAUGAGUUUAGAGGCAGCAGCAGUGAAGAGUGAGGAGGAUGUUGAGCUGGAAAGGUUGACCUCAGAGCUUCACCAAGGGGGUCUACUGAUGGAUGGAGGGCAGCGGCUUCUCCCAGAUGAAGCCGUGGCUCAGGGGGUCCUCCCUGGACACACUGCAGUCAAGCUGAUGGCCAGGGCAGGACUUUUCGGAGGUUUCCUGGAUGUCAGCGCAUGCGAAUCUCUGAGCAUGGAGGAUGUGAUGCAGGAGGGUCUGCUUGACGAAGACCUGAUGUGGAGUGUGCUGAAAUCAGAGAAGACCCUGGCAGGGGUAGUGGAUGUAGAGAAGGGGAAGAUUUGUACCCUGAAGGAUGCUGCUCAGGCAGGCCUGAUAGACUCCAACACAGCUGCUCGGCUCCUGGAGGCCCAGGUGGUCUCAGGGGGAGUGGUUGACCUGCGAAGGGAUAAGAAAGUGUCUGUUACCCUGGCAGCCAACCUUGGGCUGAUAGAGGAGGACCAACGAGAAAAGCUAGUUGCGUUGGAGAAGUCAUACCGUGGAAAAUACUCAGACCCAGAUUCAGCGCUAACCAAAGCAACGUUGCAGCUGCAAAUGGAUGGGGUUGUCGAUCCCAAAACGAAGUCACCUGUUCCCCUAAAGCUGGCCCUUGAAAGAGGUUUGCUUGGGCCUGAGGAAGUCUAUCAAGCCUUGUCUCAGCAAGUAGCAGAGGGUGGCAUCGUGCACCACAACUCUGGAGUUCGACUGUCAGUUGCUGAUGCUUUGCUGCGAGGUCUGGUAGACCGUGCCAUAGCCCCAGAACUGGGGGAGUUAGAGAGAGCAUGUCAGGGGGAAGUCGCCCUCUCUUCAAACCCAGAUGCUGCCCUCCUCCAGGCAUCCACAGGUGCCAUUUUGGACCCUGAUUUAAAUUGUAGACUUACAUUGACAGAGGCUGUCUCCGAUGGUCUGCUCGAUGAGAGCACUGCCAAGAAAGCAAUGGUUUCUCCAUGUGUAACACAAGGUUUGUUGGAUCCACAAAGUGCCCAAAUUGUGCCUUACUCAGACCUUGUAAACCAAGGCAAGAUUGACAUUAAGAGUGGAAAGCGCUUCUUGGAAGUGAAGCCUUUCAAGGGAAUCCAGGAUAAGCAAACAGGUGAAAUCCUGAAUUUAGCUGAAGCAAUUGCAUCUCAACAAGUUGAUCCGGUCCCAGCGCUCAGAAUGUUGCAAAGCCAGGCAGACACUGGAGGGAUUAUUGAUAUUUCCAAUGGAGCUAGGCUCCCUCUGCCUAAAGCCUCUAAGAAAGGGCUGGUGGGAGAACAUAUGGCCAGGCUCAUUGCCACCAACCAGGUUCUGAAAGGGGGCUUGUUUGACCCUUCCACGGGGCAGAGAGUCUCUAGCCUGAAAAAAGCUGUCAAAUAUGGGCUUAUAUCCAGAGAAAUGGCUGCAGAACUCCAGGGCAACUUGGGCUCCAUGGACGUAGAAUCUGACGAUGAGGAUAGUUCAACACCCAUUGCCUCUUCAGAUGGGACCUAUAGUCCUGCAGUCACAUUAUCAAUAUCCAGUCCAGACAGCCAAACCAAAAUAAUUAUUGAAAGCUCUUUUAUUUCUCCAUCCCCACAUACAGAAGAGUCAGAAAAGGGGUAUAACUCUUUGAUGAUCACAGAGGACAUUGUAAAGACUCUAGAAGCUGGAACGUUCAAGCAGUCAGAAGAUCUGCAACACCAUGGCUCUGUACACAUUGAAGAAGAGAUGGAAGAUGGAGAGGUCUCAAUAGCCGGGAAGUCAUUUGACAUCGAGUCAGACCAGUCAAUCAAUUUGUUGGCUCAGUUUGCAAUCAAUGCGGAGAAAAGGGUUCAGCAGGCCCUUCAGGAGAUGGCGACUCCGCAAGAUGUUACUGUUCGACCACCAGAAAAUGAUAAAAAGGGGUCUAGACCUGUGGGUGAAAGUAGUUCAGUCUUGCAGCAGGGGCAGUCUGCUAUGGGCAAAGAACCACGGAUGGACUCGACAGGGGCCAUUGGCAGAGAAGGUAGGGAUCAGCAGGGCAGCAUAGAUAUUUCUACACUGGUUGAGAGAGAUGAAGGGAAGCCAAAUGUGGUAGAAGACAGUACUGAGAGUGUGGUGGAGCAAGGUAGAAUGGAGGUUGAGAGGGACACAAAGAUUGAGGUCACAGAGCGUGAUGAUCUUGGACAUGCAUCACCCCCUUCUAAGGAGGCUGAAGGUAAGAGCAAAAAGAAGAGGAGGAAUAAGAAGAAAGGAAAAGGGGAGGUUGACAUUGCGCAAAGGCCCUCAGAGGAAGCUGAUAUUCAGAAAAUGGAAAACAAAGACCAGAAUGUACAAUCUAAGGAUAAGGGUGUUGAGUCCACCAGAGGUUAUGUUACCCCACAGGAGAAAGAGGAGUCCCUUGUGCAAGAUGUUCAAUCUGCACUUGAAAGUGCCAGGGCACGGACUGUUGAGAGGUUUGGAGAUCCAGAAGAUAUUGGCAAAGUAAGGGAAGCUUCUGCUGUUCCGCUUGGAGUCAUAGAAGAUGCUCUUGAGGUAGAGAGAGAUGGUAUAGAGUAUAAGGUCUCCGAGGACCAAAGACGGGUGGAGAAGAACAAAACGUCUAAGAUACCUAUGGCAUCAGAGAAGGUUGAACCUGUGACAGAGAAGAUACAAGAUAUCCAUGAUAAAGCAGGUUCUGAAGUGACAGUAACGAAGGGUUUUCUCAACAGCUUAGACAAAAAGUCUAAGAUAACCAUAGUAGCAGAAAAGGUUGAAUCUGUGGCAGAUGAGCGAUCGUCCAUCCAUGAUAGAGUAUCCAUUCAUAAUAGAGUUUCUAAGGAUGAGCAAACGCGGGAGGGCGAGCACAUUGUGGGAAAGAGUGAUUCAGAUGGGGAGAAGACAGUUUCUCAACAGACUGGACAACAGGAGCAUACGGAUAGAAAAGAGGUGGAAUUCACUCUGAAAACCCCCCAGGCAGCAAAUGACAAAGAGGCCCUUUUACGGAAGGCAAAAGAGAGUAUCCUGAGGAAGGUGUUUGGGCGAGGUGUUAGUGAGAAGCAAGCUGCAGAUGAGCUAGAGGCACUGCGUCAGGGAGUGGGGAAGAAGGAGAGUUUGGUGACAUCUGUAGAGGAAGUUAAGACUGUAGGGAGUCCUGAGGUUUCACCAGAAGAGAGUAAAGGAAUUGACAAGAAGGAAGGAGAAAGAGAGAAAGUUCUGCCUCACCAUUCUAUGAUUCAUGUAGCAGCAGAGGAAGUGGAAAAAGCUCUGCCAUACCAGGUUAAAAGAGGAAGGAAAGAGGAGAAAGUUUUACUCGACCAGGCUAAAGAAGGAGAGACAGAGGAGAAAGUUCUACCAGACCAGGCUAAAGGAGAGAAAGAGGAGAAAGUUCUACCAGACCAGGCUAAAGGAGAGAAAGAGGAGAAAGUUCUACCAGACCAGGCUAAAGGAGAGAAAGUGGAGAAAGUUCUACCAGACCAGGCUAGAGAAGGGGAGAAAGUUCUACCAGACCAGGCUAAAGAAGGAGAGAAAGUUCUACCAGACCAGGCUAGAGAAGGAGAGAAAGAGGAGAAAGUUCUACCAGACCAAGCUAGAGAAGGAGAGAAAGAGGAGAAAGUUCUACCAGCCCAGGCUAAAGAAGGAGAGAAAGAGGAGAAAGUUAUACCAGACCAGGCUAGAGAAGGGGAUAAAGUUCUACCAAACCAGGCUAGAAAAGGAGAGAAAGAGGAGACGGUUCUACCAUCUCAAACAGACCAGCUUAAAGAGAUGAUGCCGGGAAAGAAAAAUCAGAAGAACAGAAAGUCUAAGAUGCAUAGAGUGGUAGAAAAAGUUGAACCUGCGACAGAGGAGAAGCCAUCCAUCCACAAUAGAGCAGAUUCUGAAGUGAAAUCCAUACCGGCUGAUCUUGAGAGCUCAGUCUCUGGGGAUGAGCAGAAGCUUGAGGAGCAGCAAGACAGUAAAUCAGAGGAGCUGAACAAAAUGGCUGCCUCUACCAAGAGUCUUAGUGGAGUUGACGCCAAUCAACAAAGAUCAACCCAUACCACUGCACCGUACCAAAUCAAUGCACAUCUUGAGGAGAAAACUAAGGAGGAUAUUUCUUUGAGGAGAGAAAUUGACCCACAUGGCAAGGAAAUUGAACAAUUUAGGAUUGGUACACCUGAGGAUGUCCACCUAGACACCCAUCGAGUUAUUGACGUUGUGGAUGCCUCUCCUGAAGCCCUUGUAUCCAUGUCAGGUGCCCAUCUGGUCAAGGCCUCUGUGGCUCCAGGUACCCAGACUGCUAAGACCACAGAGGAAAUGGAUGCACAUCUGGUGAAAGAUACUGAGGAGGACAGGUCUCUGAGCAAACAAACUGAUCUUCCUGGCAAGGACAUUGAACAACUAAGAAUUAGUACACCUGAGGAGGCAUCUUUGGCGCCUGCUGCCAAGCCAGCAAAAACUACUGGCAAAGGGAAGAAGAAGAAGAAGAAGCAACAGCAGCAAGAACAACAGGAGCAGAAACUUGACAGUGAAACUGAGUGUAAAGAGGAACAGUCCCUUGAGGAGUCCACAGAAUCAGGACAGUCCUGGUCUGACGAGAGCCCACAGUCUGAUGCAAAUGAGAUGGUUGAAUCUGAUACAACCGAGGUACCCGAAUCUGAUACAACUGAGAGCUUUGAGGAGGAGGAUGGAGAAAUCCAAGAAUUGGAGAUGAGGAAAGAGAAGAGCCCAGCUAAGACGGGAAAGUCCUCGUUGCUCCGCCAGGAAUUCCUGGAACAUGACCAGCAAAUUGUGGCUCUGCUCUCUAUGGUGAGACACAUCGAGGUUCGCCUCAAGCAGCAGCAGCAACAGUCGAUUGGUCGCAGCCUCAUUGCCCUUGAUGACAUCAUCAAACAGACAGAGACCUUGGAUCUAGAACUUUGGGAUUUAGAAUCCCAGGUCAAAAAGGAAGUGGAUGCUGCUGGGCAGCUGCUGGAGCCCCGCCCACAGGAAGUACCACCUCAGCUACUAUUGGCCUUGGAAAAGGAUGGGCGAAGCUUAGCUCGAGGUUACGAGGCUGCCAGAGGGGUUUCAGAAAACAUCCUGCAGGGGCUGCGCGCACACAGAGAGGCACAUAAGGAGGCAGUGACUGGGGAACAGAGGUCACUUGGAGGGCGAGUCGAGGAUCUUCUCUUCUGGCUGAAGGAGACUGAGGCACAAAUGACAGGAAUGGAUGGGAAAACCCAGGGCGAGACUCCUCCUCAACGCACACAACAGCUCCAGCUAUGCAAGGAGUUGCAGUCGUCUCUCUCGGCGCGCUCCAAUGACGUCAACGCGCUUGCCUUUGACAUCCAGGUGUUCAUCUCGGAGCGGGCUCAGGACCUGGCUCCAGAACAGAGCAGGCACCUCCUUGGGCAGCUACAACAGCUCCAGAGGGGCUUCCACCGAGCCGCUGGCCAAGCCCACGCCAAGACCGACACCCUCGCCGCCCAGAGAGAGAGGGAGGAGGAGAGGCGGCGCAGGCACAAAGAAAAAGAAGAGGAAGAGAAGGAGAGAGAAAGAGAGAGACAGAGUGCAAGGGAGAGAGAGGUGGUGCAGCAGCACAAAGCAGAGUGCUCACAGAGAUUGGAAGGCCUUACAAUGUGGUUGGCUGGAGCUGCCAGCGUGCUGGCCAAUCAAAGAGCGGGAGCAGAGUUGGGUGACGUGAAUGUGCUGCAGCAGAAACGGAGCGAGCUAAAGGAAGUACAGAAGGACCUGCUGACCAGAGGCGAGGGCGUGGCGGAGACCAUCCGCUCGGUGGAGGAGUUCCUGGCGGAGCACGGUGACAGCCUGAGUCCAGAGGACAGGGCCAACCUCCAGGGGGCACUGUCCCGUAUGAAGGAGCAGUACAGUGCCCUAACCGACACGGCCGACUCCUCCCUGGCCCAGCUGGACACGGCCAUCAGCACCACCGUCCAACAGAACACACAGCGGGCGAAGGCCGUAGAGGAGCUGCAGGAGACCCGGUGUCAGAUCGACUCGCUGCUGGAGGAGCUCUCCUCCCUGAACCAGCCUGGGAGAAUAGGAACUGGCAUGACUGUUACUGACCACCCCUCCUCGCCAGAGGGAAGACUACAAUCACACAGUGACAUGCUCCAGACGGAGCUCCAGCAGCUCCAGGCCCAGCAGGCCCAGCUGAUGCAGGUGUCCCAGAACGCUCGAUCCCUCCUGGACCAGCCCGACUCGGCCGUGCCAGCCGAGGAGAAACGGCGUCUGCGGGACCAGCUAGACCAGCUCCAGACCCAACACCAGGAGAAGCUGCGGGCCUGCCAGGAGAGGCUGAGGCGCUCUGAGGCCCUUAAGGACGAGCUGGCCAAGUUCCUCCAGGAGCACGGAGGCCUGGGGACCUGGCUGGAACAGAGUGAGGGGGAGCUGGGUUCCUUAGGGGAAGGAGAGACGGACGCAAAGGGCCUGAAGGGGAGACUGGAAGAGCACAAGAAGCUGGCGGAGGAUGUGAUCUGCCACAAGGCAGACCUGCGCUUCGUGUCCAUCUCGGGUCAGAAGGUGCUGGACUCUGUCCAGGGGGCUCUGGAGAAGGUAGGAGGGUCUGACCCAGCCCUGGAGGAGACCAAGCAGCUGGUCACGGACAAGCUACAGGACGCCAACCACCGUUACACCGCGCUGCACACCAAGUCGUCAGAUCUGGGGGGGCGUCUGUCGGGUCUGUUGGAACGCUACCAGCAGUACCAGGACGAGGCUGUGUCACUCCACACCUGGCUCAGCACCCAGGAGCAGACCCAGAGUAUAGCCGGACCCAGCGGAGAGACGGACACACAGACACUACAGAACACACUGCGGGCCGUACAGCUGUUGCAGGAUGAGCUGGUGGAGCGGUCAGUCCAGUUGGAGAAGGUGAGGAGGGCAGGCAGAGAGCUGGCUAACACACAGGAGUCCCCCACUCUCAGAGCUGCCGAGAUCAUCAGCACUGCAGAUGGUCUGGAGAAGAGGUUCAGCUCUCUGUCUGAGUCUGUGUCCGAGCGAGCUGAGCAGCUCCAGACGUCCGUAGCCCAGUCGGUCAGUGUCCAGGAGGGGCUGAAGGGCCUGCUAGCCUGGCUGGACGGCCUACUGCUGACCCCCGGGCCCGUCCAACCCACCGCCCAGGCUGUCCAGGACGCCCUCACACAGAAUCAGAAACUACGCCAGGAGCUGUUAUCCAGACAGGGCAGUGUGGAGGCCACCUGCGACUCGGUCUCCAAACUGCUCCAGAGCUCUGACGCCUCCACGGCCUCUGGGCUCCAGGGGUCACUAGAGCGCCUGAGCCGGCACUACGCCGCGGCUCUGGCCAAGCAGGCCGAGAGGGAGGCUGAGCUCCGAGGGCUCCUGCCCAAGCUGGAGAACUAUGAGAGACUGAGUACGGACCUGCAGGGUUUUACUCAGACCAGGCUGAGAGCUUUGAGCCCCGCGGGACAGCCUGAACGCAGUGUGGAGGACUACAGACAGACCAUUGAGGAGGUGAGAGCGGAGCAGGAGCAGGAGGCAGGUCAACUGAAGUCAUUCUGCCAGCUGGGGACAGACCUCAGCCAAGCCAAGGCCCUGACCAGCACACAGACCCUACUGGACAACGUCAGAGAGGUGUCCGAUGAGUUCGCCCGACUGGAAUCCAACAUCACUGAAAGGAACAACGCCAUCCAGAGUUGUGAGCAGCGGUUGGGCCACUUCCGGUCUCUCUCUAGCUCCCUCCUCAGCUGGCUCCACACAACACAGGAGCAACUGCCUCCCAAAGAGGCCAACCUCAACGCAGAGGCCCUGCAGAGGAGAGUGCAGCAGCUCGAGGACUUACUGAGCGACUGGGAGGCCCAGGGGGUUCGGGUUCAGGAGCUGAACAAGACUGGGUCAGAACUGGAGACCCUCAUCAUCAACAUCACAGCCCCCCAGGCCAAGACAGGUGUUCCCCAGAUCAAUGGUGCAGACAGCCCCAACAGGGUCAAUGGCAUUCACACAUGCAAAGACCUGACAGAGAUGCAGGUGGCAGUGGCGGAAGUGAGCGGACGUUAUGAGGAGCUGGGAGGGGAACUGAAGAACAGACGGCGGAACCAGGAGGCUUCUCUGGAGCUCAGACAGAAGGCCAGCCAGGGUACCGAGGAGCUCAGCCGCUGGCUGGGAGACCGGGAGAACAGCCUGCACCUGGGCCAGACUACCACCUCCCCCUCCAAACCUGAGUUGGUACGCGCCCAGGCCCAGGAGAACAAGGCCUUACUGUCUGAGCUGGCAGAGCAUUCUGGGAAGGUGGAGGAGCUGAAGAGCACCCUGGAGAAGCUGAUAGCAGACAACCCAGACUCCCCAGAGGCAGACACCUGGAGACAACAAAUGAAGGAGAUCGACUCCCGCUGGGCAAAGGCCAAUGAGACGGCAGUACAGAGGCAGACGGAACUGGAGACCUGUGCUGAUAGGCUGGGCAGCUUUGUCACAGCAGCCAGUCAGUUGGGGCCGUGGCUCAGAGAGAAGGAGCUGAUGAUGAGUGUGCUGGGAUCCCUGAGCAUCGACCCCAACAUGCUGAACACCCAGAAACAACAAGCCCAGUUCAUGCUGCGUGAGUUUGAGACCCGGCGGCCCCAGUUCGACCAACUCACCCAGGCGGCCGAGGGCAUCCUUUCACUGUCUGGUGGCGACUCCUCCCCGCAGGAUGCCAAGGACCUAGCGGAGGUCCGGUCCGAGCUGGGCUCCAUCUCUCAGCAGUGGGACGACCUCACUCAACGUCUGUCCCGGCGCUCGGAGGACAUCGACCAGGCCCAGGGCACCAGCGAGCGAUACCAGGCCCUGCUGAAGGACCUUUCGGUCAGCGUGGGGGCGCUAGGCGAGCGGCUAGACGGCCAGGCCUCGCUCAGUGCCCAGCCUGAGGCCCUGAAACGGCGUCUGCAGGAGACAGGCGAGAUCCGCUCUGAGCUGGAGCAGAGGAGGGAUGAGCUGGGCGAGGCGGAGAAGCUGUGCGGCGAGCUGAGCGCCAUCGUGGUUGAACCUUACUUGAGAGACGAGCUGAAGAAGAGGCUGGAGAGCGUGAGGAGCCCGCUGAGGAGCCUGGAGGAGAGGGCCACUGACGGUCUGUCCCAGCUCCAAGCUGCUCUCUCAAGCACCCAGCAGUUCCAGCAGAUGUUCGAGGAGCUACGGAGCUGGUUGGACAACCAGGGUGGUCAAAGAGACUUUACCGCCGACUCCCUCCCCUGCCAGCCCGAGGCUAUCCGGACCCUGCUUGCCCAGCAAGACGAGCUUCAUCGCGGGGUGGCCAGCCAACGUGGCCCUUACGAGCUCAUCCAGGCCGAGGGGGCCUCCCUGCUCGCCAAGCUACCCGCCGGCGGCGAAGAACGAUCAGCCUUACAGUCUCGGCUCGCCACCCUACGCCAGGACUGGGAUGAGCUUAAUCAGUGCAUCGUGGAACGCCAGAACCGGCUGAAAACCGCCCUGACCAAGGCCGAGAGUUACCAGCAACACCGCGCCAAGCUCACGCACUGGGUGACAGAGUGCGAGAAGCGGGAAGCUGACAUCCAGCCCUCCCUUGACCCAGUGGCCCUGGACGAGGCCUUGCAGAAGGCCAGGCAGCUGGGGUUAGACCUGGAGCACCAUCGCCCCCUCCUGGAGGGUUUAAACACCGCGGCCGACCAACUCCUUGAACACUGCUGCGUCGGAGAGGAAGACAUACGCGACGAGAAAACCCAACUCAACCGUAGAGUCGACGUGCUGGCAGAAAAACUCCAGAACUGUGUUUCCCAACUGGAAGAGUUAGCGGAUCGACUGAAGGAGUUCGAGGACGGGCGGCAGGCGGUGGAGAGGAGGCUGGAGGCGGCGCGGCAUCAGAUCGAGGUGCAGGAGGCGCUGGGCCCACAGGCGUGCAGCAACAAGAGCCUGGAGCGGCUGAGGAGCCAGCAGGAGACGCUGCACUCGCUGCAGCCACAGGUGGCCUACCUGAGGGAUCUGGCCCAGGGGCUGGUGCAGGACGCACCCCACACAGCAGGGGGCGGCGGAGAGGGAGGACAGCGGCUGGAGCAGCAGGCCCGAGACACAGACAGAGAGUUUGGAGACGUCAGUGAAAAGAUUGAAAAGUGCUGUUCCACCCUGGAGUCCCGUCUCCAGGGUGUGGGGGAAGUCCAGUCCUCGGUACGCGACCUCUUCUCCCGCCUGGCUGACCUGGACGACGAGCUGGACUCGCUGAGCCCCGUGGGGCGCGAUGCCGACUCGCUCGCCUCGCAGGCGGAUGCCGUCCGCACUUUCCUGGCUCGCCUGGCCACGUUGAGGUCGGAGCUUGAAGGUCACGGGGGCGACUGCACCGCCAUGCUCCGCCGAGAGGGUUCGUCUCCCGAUCUCCUCGCCCUGAGGAGAGAGACUGAGGCCCUGAGCCGCCAGGCUGGGAAGCUGGCCGAGAGGGGCCAGGCCAGACUGGAACAGAUUGAGGCAGCUGCUGAGAAGGUGGGAGAAUUCUACGCCCAGGUGGCGGAGCUGCAAGGGCUCCUGGGACGGGCCGAGGAAGGGCUGAACUCGCAGGGCGUGGUGGGGACGGAGGUGGAGACCAUCAAGCAGCAGCUGCACGAGUUCAAGGCGGUGGAGAGGGAGCAGGUGGACAGCAUUCAACCCAAGCUGCAGCACGUGAACGCGGUGGGCCAGGGCCUGAUCCAGAGUGCAGCCAAACACACAGACACCCAGGCCCUGGAGCAUGACCUAGAGACCACCAACCUCAGAUGGAACUCCCUCAACAAGAGGAUUGCAGAGCGCAUCGCCCAGUUGCAGGAAGCUCUGUUGCAUUGUGGGAAGUUCCAGGAUGCCCUGGAGCCUCUUCUGAGCUGGCUGAGUGACACGGAGGAACUGGUAGCCAAUCAAAAGCCCCCGUCAGCCGAGUACAGAGUGGUCAAGGCCCAGAUCCAGGAACAGAAGCUGUUACAAAGACUGCUGGACGACCGCAGAGCCACUGUUCAGAUGAUCCAGGGAGAGGGAGAGAGGAUCGCAGCCACGGCCGAGACGCAGGACAAAGACAAGAUCCAGAAACAGCUGGAGAGUCUGGGAGAGAGAUGGGAUGAGCUGCUGGAGAAAGCCAGGGCAAGGCAGUGCCAGUUGGAGGAUCUGCAGGCGCUGGCACUUCAGUUCCACGAGGCGGUGGAGCCUCUUGGAGAGUGGCUGAGUGCCACCGAGCGACGCCUGAGCACCGUCGAGCCCAUGGGAACCCAGACUUCCAAGAUCACCCAACAGAUUACAAAACACAAGGCCGUCCAAGAGUCCGUCUCCUCUAGAGGAUCCGAGGUCAACCGCCUCGAGGCCCUCGGCCAAUCCCUGGCGCCCCUCAGCUGCGCGGCCGACCGCGAUUGGCUGAGGGAGCGUGUGGGGGCGGUGCGGCUAGGCCACUCGGAGCUCAGUGAUUGGUGCCAAUGCAGGGCCGUCAUGCUGGAGCAGGCCCUGGCCAAUGCCCAGCUGUUUGGGGAGGAUGAGGUGGAGGUGCUCAACUGGCUGGCUGAGGUGGGCCAGCGGCUGGGACAGGUGUCUGUGCAGAGCUACCAGCCAGGGGUCCUCACCCAGCAGCACAAGCACUCACUGUCUCUGAAUGAAGAGAUAGUGAGCAGGAAGAAGCAGGUUGACCAGGCCGUCAAGAACGGACAAGCCCUGCUCAAACAAACCACUGGUGAGGAAGUUCUGCUGAUCCAGGAGAAGCUGGACGGUAUCAAGUCUCGCUACGCUGAGAUGACGGGCGGGAGCAGCAAAGCCCUCCGCAUCCUGGAGCAGGCCCUGCAGCUGAGCACACGAUUCGCCAGCGCCCACGACGACCUCAACCACUGGUUGGACAAGGUGGAGGCGGAGCUCAACGUCAUGGAACCCGACGCCACACCAGCAUAUCAGGACAGACAGAAGGAGCUGAAGUGUGUGUCGGCGGAGAAACGUCUGGUUUUGGACACGGUCAACGAGGUGGGCAGUGCCCUCUUAGACCUGGUGCCCUGGCGUGCCCGCGAGGGCCUAGACCGCCUGGUGGCUGACGCCAACCAGCGCUACAGAACGGCGGACGAGACCAUAACCCAGCGGGUACAGCUGGUACAGGCUGCCGUCCAGAGGUCACAACAGUAUGAGGAGGCAGUGGAUGCGGAGCUGACCUGGGCUGGGGAGACGGAGAGGAAGCUAUCCUCCCUGGGUCCUCUGAGUCUGGAGCCUGACGUCACCGUGGCCCAGCUACAGGUCCAGAGGGCCUUCAAUAUCGACAUCAUCCGACACAAAGACACCGUGGACCAGCUACUCCACACCAGGGACGACAUCCUAGAGACGUGCAGCGACCAGCAGAGAGACGCUCUGGUGGUGAAGACUGACUCGCUGACUGCCCGCUACGAAGUGGUGAGCCAGCGGCACCAGGAGCGUUUCUCCGCCCUGGAGCAGGCCCAGGUCCUGGUGGCCCGCUUCUGGGAGACCCAGGAGGAGCUGGAGCCCUGGCUGGGGGAGACAGAGACACUUAUCGCCCAGCUGCCCCCACCUGCCAUCGACACCGAGGCCCUGCGACUCCAACAGGAGCAGAUGAGGCUCUUGAGGGAGUCCAUAGCGGAGCACAAGCCCCACAUCGACAAGCUGCUGAAGAUCGGCCCCCAGCUGGCCGUUCUGAGUCACCAGGAGGGGGCCACGGUGAGGCAGCGCUACAGCGACGCCGAGACACGCUACGCGGCCAUCAAGGAGGAGGUCAAGGGUCGCGCCGCCACCCUGGACGAGGCUGUGUCUCAGUCUGCGCAGCUGGUAGAGUUCCAUGACAAGAUGGACCCCCUAUUGGAGACCCUGGAAGGGGCUGUGCAGCGCCUCCGUUCCCCUUCUCCCGUGGCGGCGGAGGCGGAUAAGAUCCGGGAGCAGCUGGCUGAGCACAAGGCUACCGGGCUGGAGCUGGACAAACUGCUGCCCUCCUUCUCUGCCCUGUGUGCCCGCGGCGAGGAGCUCAUCAGUAGAGCAUCCCACGAUGAUCCUGCCGCUGAAGCCGUGCAUUCCCGUCUCCUGCGUCUGCGCUCCCUGUGGGAUGAGAUCCGGCAGAGGGCUGAGGAUCGGGAGGGGAAGCUGACGGACGUCUUGGACCUGGCUGGGAAGUUCUGGGCCGACAUGGCGGCGCUACUGAGCACGCUCCGUGACUCACAGGACAUUGUCAAGGAGCUGGAGGACCCCGGGGUGGACCCCUCUCUCAUCAAACAGCAGAUAGAGGCGGCUGAGGCCAUCAAGGCCGAGACAGAUGGGCUGAGGGAGGAGCUGGAGUUUGUACGAACCCUUGGGGCUGAACUCAUCUUCGCCUGCGGAGAAACAGAGAAGCCUGAGGUCAAGAAGACCAUUGACGAGAUGAAUGUGGCCUGGGAAGGCCUGGACCGGACGUGGAGAGAGAGGAUGGAGAGGUUGGAGGAGGCCAUGGCUGCUUCUGUGCAGUACCAGGAUGCAUUGCAGGGCAUGUUUGACUACCUGGACAACACAGUGAUCAAGCUCUGUGACAUGUCCACUGUGGGCACUGAUCUGGGAACUGUCAAACAGCAGAUUGAAGAGCUCAAGCACUACAAGGUGGAGGUGUACCAGCAGCAGAUAGACAUGGAGAAGCUGUGCCACCAGGGGGAGCUGUUGCUCAAGAAGGUCUCGGACCAGAACGACAGAGACAUGAUCCAGGAGCCCCUCACGGAGCUCCGACACCUCUGGGACAACCUGGGGGACAAGAUCAUUCACAGACAGCAUAAGUUGGAAGGGGCUCUCCUGGCUCUAGGUCAGUUCCAGCAUGCCUUGUCUGAGCUGCAGUCCUGGCUGAGUCACACCCACGCCACCCUGGACACACAGAGACCCAUCAACUCUGACCCCAAGGCCAUUGAGAUAGAACUGGCCAGACACCACGUGCUGAGGAACGACGUGUUGUCCCAUCGCUCCACGGUGGAGACGGUGAACGCGGCGGGGGCUGAGCUGCUGGAGUCCAGUCCCGGGGAGGAGGCCAACCACCUCCGCGGCCAGCUGGACCACCUCAACCGCGGCUGGGAGAACCUGCUACUCAAGACCCAGGACCGGCAGAAACUACUGGAGGCCGCACUGCACAAGGCGGAGGGUUUCCAUGGUGAGCUGGAGGAGUUCCUGCAGUGGCUGAGGAGGACCGAGAGCCAGCUGUCUGCAGCCAAACCCACAGGUGGUCUGCCUGAGACGGCCCGGGAGCAGCUGCAGCAGCACCUGGAGCUUCAGACCCAGUUGGCCCAGCGCGCUGAGCAGUACAACCGGCUGCUGGACGCGGGGGAGUCCAUGUUGCUGUCCCGCGGGGGGGAGGAGGGCGGCCCCGGGGCUGGCACGACCCAGACCCAACAGAACUUGGCCCUGCUGCAGAACAAGUGGGCCAGCCUGAACACCAAGAUGGAUGACCGCAGGGCGAAGCUGGACGAAGCGGUGUCGCUGGCCACAGGGUUCCAGUCCUCCCUCCAGGACACCAUCAACUGGCUGACCCAGGCUGAGCAGACCCUCAACAUGGCUCAGGCCCCCUCCCUCAUCCUGGACACCGUCCUCUUCCAGAUAGACGAACACAAGGUGUUUGUGAAUGAGGUGAACACCCACAGGGAGCAGGUUUUGGCUCUGGAGAAGGCUGGCUCUCAGCUGCGUUUCGCCAGUCUGAAGCAGGAUGUGGUUCUGAUCAAGAACCUUCUGCUGAGUGUACAGGCCCGUUGGGACAAGCUGGUGCAGAGGUCCCUGGACCGCGGCAGACACCUCGACGAAGCCCGCAAGAGGGCCAAGCAGUUUCAUGAGGCUUGGAGGAAACUGUCAGACUGGCUGGAGGAGGCUGAGAACCGGCUAGACUCUGAGCUGGAGAUCUCCAACGAGCCAGACAAGAUCAAAGUACAACUGACCAAACACAAGGAGUUUCAGAAGGCGCUGGGCUCUAAGCAGCCGGUGUAUGACACCACAGUGAGAUCUGGUAAGGCCAUGAGGGACAAGACCACGCUGCCCGAAGACACCCAGAAACUAGACCACCUACUGGGGGAGGUCAGGGACAAGUGGGACACCGUCUGUGGGAAGAGUGUUGAGAGGCAACACAAGCUAGAGGAGGCCCUGCUGUUCUCAGGUCAGUUUGCUGAGGCCCUGCAGGCCCUGGUGGACUGGCUGUACCGUGUAGAACCCCAGCUGGCUGAAGACCUGCCAGUCCACGGAGACCUGGACCUGGUCUCCAACCUCAUGGACUCACACAAGGCCUUCCAGAAGGAGUUGGGAAAGAGGACAACUAGUGUUCACGCCCUGAAGCGCUCAGCCAGAGAACUGAUGGAGACGGGCCGCGACGACACCGCCUGGGUCAAAGUUCAACUGCAAGAGCUCAGCAACCGCUGGGACACCGUCUGUGCCCUGUCCGUCACCAAGCAGACCCGUCUUCAGCAGGCCCUCAAACAGGCGGAGGAGUUCCGCACGGAGGUGCAGCUGCUGCUGGAGUGGCUGUCCGAGGCUGAGCAGACGCUGCGGUUCCGCGGCGUGCUGCCUGAGGAGGCGGAGACUCUGCAGACGCUGCUCCACACCCACCGGAACUUCAUGGCCACGGUGGAGGAGAAGAGGACCGACGUGAACCGGGCCGCGGGCCAGGGCGAAGCCAUCCUCACCACGUGCCACGCCGACUGCAUCACCACCAUCAAACACUGGAUUACCAUCGUCCGCUCCCGCUUUGAAGAGGUCCUCACAUGGGCCAAACAGCACGAGCAGCGUCUGGAGACUGCUCUGACAGAGCUACUCAACAACGCCACGCUAUUGGAGGAGCUGUUGUCAUGGCUGCAGUGGGCAGAGACCACCCUAGUCCAGCGUGACGGAGAGACCCUUCCACAGGACAUCCCUCAGCUCAAAACACUCAUCACAGAACACCAGGUGUUUAUGGAGGAGAUGACCCGGAAGCAGCCUGACGUGGACAAAGUGACCAAGACUUACAAGAGGAAACCAGCAGAGCCCCCUAGCAGCCUAGCUGAGAGGAGAGGAGCUCGUAAAAACCAGCAGCAACAACAGCAUCAACAACAGGCGGCGAUGCAAGUCGCCGGGGGCAACCCCCGCUUGACUCAGCUAUGCUCAAGGUGGCAGCAGGUGUGGCUGCUUGCCCUCGACCGCCAACGGAAGCUCAACGACGCCCUCGACAGGCUUGAAGAGCUGAAAGAGUUUGCCAACUUUGACUUUGACGUGUGGAGGAAGAAGUACAUGCGCUGGAUGAACCACAAGAAGUCGCGCGUCAUGGACUUCUUCAGACGCAUCGACAAGGACCAGGACGGAAAGAUCACUCGCCAGGAGUUCAUCGACGGCAUCCUGGCCUCAAAGUUCCCCACCAGCAGGUUGGAGAUGACGGCGGUGGCAGACAUCUUUGACCAGGACCGAGACGGUUACAUUGACUACUACGAGUUUGUGGCGGCGCUGCACCCCAACAAGGACGCCUACCGGCCCACCACCGACGCUGACAAGAUAGAAGACGAGGUGACCAGACAGGUGGCACAGUGUAAAUGUGCCAAGCGGUUCCAGGUGGAGCAGAUAGGAGAGAACAAGUACAGAAUGGGCCAGAGCAAUUACAAGUUCUUCCUUGGAAACCAGUUUGGUGACUCGCAGCAGCUGCGGUUGGUGCGUAUCCUGCGCAGUACGGUCAUGGUGCGGGUCGGAGGGGGCUGGAUGGCCCUGGACGAGUUCCUGGUCAAGAACGACCCCUGCAGAGUGCAACAUCCUGGACUUAAGAUCCUUCGCUCCGACUCCAGUAGCACCAUUUCAUCUCGUAUAGUGACGGUCACUCCUGGCUAUUUCUGCUGCAGAGCCCGAGGCCGUACCAACCUGGAGCUGCGUGAGAAGUUCAUCCUUCCGGAGGGUGCUUCCCACGGCCUGGCGGCGUUCCGCUCCCGAGGCCGGCGCUCCAAACCCGGCUCCCGCACGGCCUCGCCCACCCGCUCCUCCUCCUCGGCCUCGCACAGCGCACAUAGCUGCGCAUCCUUGCCCUCUGCUCCUGCCACCCCCACCGCCUCCUCUAGGUCCUCAAACUCGCGUGGCUAUGCCAAGCCCUGGCUGGCACACAGUAAAACUCCAACACCAACCAAGUGCCAGUCCUGCCCAGACCACGACCACACCACCCCUGGGCAUGAGGGAGCAGCGUCGGGGUCCAAGCUGAAGAGGCCCACCUUCCACUCCAGCCGAGGGUCUCUGACUGGAGAGAAUGGAGGAGCUACACCCAUUUCUACUAAACCUGGACGUACCGACCCCAAGCGUACCCCAUCGGGGGCCAGUGGUCCAGUCAGCCGGGCAGGCAGCCGGGCGGGCAGCAGGGCAAGCAGCCGGCGGGGCAGCGACGCUUCGGAUGCCUCUGAGCUCCUGGAGACUCGCUCGGACACCUCGGACACCCCCCGGCGCCCAGGAGCGGCCAAGCCCUCCAAGAUCCCUACCAUCUCCAAGAAGGCCCCAAGCCCCAAGACACCCGCUUCUGGGAAGAAAUAGUGAAGGAGAUGUCAAAAAGACGUCAUAAAAACGUCAUACAGCCAACCAUAGAGUCAUCAACAUAACAGCGUCAUACAUCUAACUAUCGGGCUGGUUUGACUCCAAGGGCUUCCCCAGCCCCCCAAAACACCAGCCAUGAUGAAAUAGGGAAGAUGUCCAGACUAUAGAAUUAGAUCAAGUAGAACAUACCGUCUCCCUUUCAAAGAGAUGCUCUAUAGUGAACAGACUACUGGCGGCCAUAUUGGGUGUCACAUUUGAUCCAAACGUCCAUCCAUAGGGCUUGCAUGGGAUUCAUGCACCAAGACUACUGUAUGAAGGGCAGGGAGAGAUAGGGGAAGAUAUCUUUCUCUUCCUCCCUCGUACACACACUCGGAAAAAAACCUCACUGGGGGUGUCUGGUUCGUGCACUUAGACGGAACAGAACUUUCCCCUUUUAAAACCCAGAUCCCAGUUUGCCUUCCAGUCUCCUGUGUGCUCUGUCUCGUAACAGGAUUGUGCUAGACUGUUGUAGAGAAAGCCACAGCAAUUUGAACCGACAACCAACCAACAUAAUGCUGCCUUACUGUGUUACACAUUUCUGUCCUUACUUUUACCUAAUCUGAGUUCCAGAGAACGUUAGGUAGAGCCUUGUAACUACUUUGUGUAUGUACACACUGACACGCACAGAACUGAAGCACACACACACACACAUUGAGGGGAGAGAUUAAAUGACUCGGAACUUCCUGGAGAAUGGCAUUCAAAAGAACUGGAUUGUGGGUAUUAUGGACAUUAUUUUUUUUCUCACCAUGAGUUCAACUGAAUAUAUGCAAUGAUUUCCGUCUUGUGUUUUUCCUCCCCUGGACUGGGAAGUGAAGAGGAAUGACACUUCAGCAUGUCUAUGGGUCGGGAACAUCCAGACUAGCGUGAAUCUACUGUUCAGUGUCUGGGCGGCGCCACUCUGACCACUUCCUGCACUGAGCUAACUGCCUAAACCUCAAGCCCAGGAGACCGCGGAAGUGGCGGGAAACACACUGCAAUGUCCUCACAAACCCCUGCAACAUUGGAAGUGUGUUUAAAGGUGUGUAUGUGAGUGUGUGUUUGAUGGUAUGGAGGGUUUCUCAUGUUGUCCUAUAAUAUGAAACCUGGGUUUCUGAGAAGAAAAGCACUAUUUCUUGGUGGGACCCCACUAACAGCAGAAACAUGACAGUGUGAAACAAUGUAGUCGAUUUGUAAGGACACACAAUUUAAGCGACUAUAAUUCUACCAUUAGAGAUUGAAGACCAGCACACACUGACGGUGUAUCGCUGUAAUUCCACAUUGCCCCUCCCCCUACGUUGCCGCUGGAAACCCCAUAGCCGCAAACACAUGUUUGUACACGUGUGUAGUCGUCACGUGUUUACAGGAAUCAAAGGUCAUCGACUUGCGUCACUGUAUGCAAAGAUUUAAUUUGUGAAUGUCUUUCGUUCGGGUUAAUUUAUCAUCCUGUUGUAUUUUGUUUUAGUUUUGCUUUUGUAGUUUAAGAAAACAUUUCUAUUUAUUUUUCAGUUCUGUAAUCAUCACCUUGGAGAAUGAUUAGUGUUAAUACAAUGAAAUCAUGAUCUUUUGUACCAAGGAAAAUGUCUGCUCCUCUCUUCAACGUUGUAUGUUAUUACUUCUUAACAUAACUUUACUCAACUAGGAAGCUGACUUUCCAUGGCAGCCUUUUUUGCUAAUGACUACAACUCCCUGAACAUGACCAAAGGGGGUUGCCCUUAUUGUGUUGACAAAAAAAAACUACAAAUAUGGAUGACAGGGAACCGAACCCCCAGUGUCCCUCCUUACAGGCGUUUGAAUUGUCAUGUCUUUGAUGGCUGCAAAUGUGCUCCUCUAUUUCUUAACAUGAGAGCUGAAGUAUAUGAAAGCUUAAUGAACGCAAAUGUCAUCUUGAGGUGAUUUUAUUUAUUUAUUGUCUCCUUGGGGGGCGGGGAUCCGGGGACGCCGAAGAGGAACCCACCUUUUGAUGCGGUGUUAUUCUCUGUGAUGAAGAGAAAAUAUGUCAGUGGGAGGGGGGGGGUUAGAAGUCAAUUGUGUAAAAUAAAAAAAGCUAAGAUUAUAAACGCUUUUUUGUUCUCUUUUUGUAUUAAAAAUAUGCUUGCAGUAAAAAAAAA